GACGUAAUCUUUUUCGCCGUUUGAAUCAGAAGUAAUCGAAUGUGUGAGGUGUCGAUUUGAAGUUCGGUUGUUGGUUGUGUGAACGCUUUGAGUGUAGUGUAAUAUAUUGUGAAUAGGAAUUGCUAUGGCAUCUGUUGCGAGAGUGUCUACAAGGCUUGGUGGAGUUUUGUAUUGGGGGCCUGCGUCGGUCACUGUUUCUCGUGGUAAUACACCCAGAACAUACUACACUUACAGCCCAGAACCAGCUCAACCCCUUAAAAGAGAUCCGAAGUGGGUUUCCGCGAAAGAAGCUGUGCAAUGUAUCAAAUCAGGCGACACUGUCUUCAUCCAAGGGGCAGCAGCAACUCCGCUGGAACUUGUGAAAGAAAUGACAAACUACGGCAAAACUGCAGGCCUCAAGGAUGUGACGGUGUGCCACAUGCACACCGAGGGCGUGGCAGGAUACACGGAACCCGAAUUCGAAGGUACCGCAGCGCUUUACAGUAUCGACACGAACAGAGAGCAGGUGUCUCCACCAGAUCAGCAUGGAUUCUGCAGCCUUGGAACAAGUGUUGACUGUGUCCGGGCAGCGCUCAUGUAUUCAAAGACAAUUGUUGCUCAAGUGAAUCCACAGAUGCCAAGGACAUUUGGAGAUGGAACAGUUCACCAGUCACAUUUUGAUUAUGCUGUGAAAAUAGACAGGCCGCUGCCAGAACAUGGUGGUCGCCCGCCAACUGAAAUUGAGACUAAAAUUGGAAAGCAGAUUGCAGAAAAUCUUGUGGAAGAUGGGGCAACACUACAAAUGGGUAUUGGAAACAUUCCUGAUGCUGUGUUGGCAGAACUGACAAAUCACAAAGAUCUUGGUAUCCAUUCAGAGAUGUUUGCUGGAGGUAUCGUUGAUCUAGUAAAUAAAGGAUGCAUCACAAAUAAUCGAAAGACAAUCAAUAAAGGCAAAAUCAUAGGCAGUUUCCUUAUUGGAACUCGGGACUUGUAUGAUUUUGUUGAUAAUAAUCCAUAUGUAGAGAUGCGUGAUGUUGCAUAUGUAAAUAACACAGGUAUUAUAGCUCAGAACCCCAAAAUGACUGCUAUUAACUCUUGUAUUGAGGUUGACCUGACAGGUCAAGUUGUGUCAGAUUCCAUUGGAACCAGAAUGUAUUCAGGCUUUGGAGGCCAAGUGGAUUUUAUCCGUGGUGCAGCUGAAGCUUUAGAUGGUGAAGGAAAACCAAUCAUCGCUCUUCCAUCUGUAACCAAUAAGGGAGAAAGCAAGAUUUCUCCCCUCAUCAAGCAUGGUGCAGGAGUUGUGACCACAAGGGCUCAUGUCCAUUAUGUUGUCACAGAACAUGGUGUUGCCUACCUCUUUGGGAAAACGCUUCGCCAGAGAGCUCAUGCCCUCAUUAACAUCGCCCAUCCUGAUCAUCGAGAAUCUCUUGAGAAAGCUGCAUUUGAACGACUUAAAUGUAUGCCAGCACCUUGAACAUUGUACUGUUUAUUUAUCCAAAAUUCUACUGGCACCAUUACAAACCUGAUGUUGGUUGUUUUGAAAUGUUCUCAUUAUCUACAAAGCAAACAUUCAGUUGUAGGAGAAAGAAAUGACAAUUUUAUUAACUGCUGUCACACAAACUGAGUUUCCAUAAUAGUAUUCAUGCUGCCUUACUGUCUCAUAACCAGUAUGUAAUAGACAAGUGAUAUCUUGUUAGCAGGGAAAUUCAUAUUGUCAAGUUAAGUACACAUUUACCUAGACGUCAAGUAUAGUAAGAGUACAGACAGCACUAACAACAUUUUAGCCGAGUUAUAGUGCCACUGCUUUAGGGUUUUUACUUUGCUUUUCUCAAACGUGUUUUAAAUUUGGGAGUAGUGAAACCAUUUUGUGGUGGGCUGGUUUUGCUGUUGUGUCAGAAGAAUUAGUAAACUGGAUUACAGAGUCAGGUGACUUUGAUUGGGAUGUGUAUAGGAAUGAUUCCCAGCUCAAGAUUCUCCUCAGAGGCUGCAUAAAGAAGAAAACAAUUCAAAUAUCUAAAUAAAAUUGUUUCUGUAGGAA